AUGGCAGCCUCGUUCAUUCCUGACUUCCGCCUCAUGUGGUACCUGGAGGAGCUCAGGAGGAAAGAGUUUGUGAAGUUUAAGGAGCUGGUCAGGCAGGAGGCUUGGAACCGCGGCCUCCAGCCCAUCACCAUGUUGGAGAUGAGGAACGUGAAGCGCCAGGGCUUCGCCAACCUGCUGAAGGAGCGCUACGGGGAGCAGGAAGCGUGGGACUUGGCCUUCAGCAUCUUCCCCAAGCUCAACAGGAAGGACCUCUGUGAGAAGGCCACCAGGGAGAGCGCCAUACAUGCGUAUCGAGCUCACGUAAAGGAGAAGUUCAGCCGCAUGUGGUCCAGGGAAUCCUUCACUGAGGUCCAGGGCUGCUUUGACCAGACAAUCACCCAGGAAGAAGGUGCGAGUUUUGAAGAUUAUUUCACUGCAAGGGCAGCCAGGAAGCCUCACACAGUCGUCCUCCAUGGAGUACCAAGAAUUGGGAAGACGAGGUUCCUGAUGAAGCUGAUGCUGGCCUGGUCAGAUGGCAGACUGUAUCGGGACAAAUUCUCUUUCAUUUUCUACUUCUGCUGCCGAGAGCUGAAGCAGCUGACGGCGACCAGCUUGGUUGGGCUCAUCUCCAGGGAAAGGCCUGACUGCAUCCCCAUGACGGAGAUUGUGGCCCAACCAGAGAGGCUGCUGUUCAUCAUCGACAGCUUUGAAGAGCUGUGCUGCACCUUGAGUGAGCCCGAGUCAGAGCUGUGCAGCGACUGGAGGGAGGAGCGGCCAGUGAAGACGGUCCUGGGCAGCCUGCUGCGGAGGAAGAUUCUCCCGGAGGCGGCCCUGCUCCUCGCCGUGAUGCCCGAGCGCCCGCCGGGCCUGCAGAACAAACUGGAGCACCCAAACAUGCAGGUGCUCACGGGCUUCCAGCAGAGCCACAGGAAGCAGUACUUCUGCUGCCUGUUCGAGGACAGGGGCCAGGCCCUGGAAGCCUUCAGCUUGGUGAGGGACAACGAGCAGCUCUUCACCAUGUGCCGGGUCCCCCUGCUCUGCUGGGUGGUGGGCACCUGUCUGAAGCAGGAGCUGGAGCGCGGGAGGGACCUGGCAGCCACCUGCUGCAGGAUCUCCUCUGUUUUCCUCGCUUACGUCUUUAACCUGUUCACGCCCAAGGAUGCCAGUCGCCCGAGCCAGCAGGGCCGAGACCAGCUGAAGGCCCUGUGCUCUCUGGCUGCGGAGGGCAUGUGGACCGACACGUGGGUGUUCGGUGAAGAAGAACUUGGGAGGAACGGGAUAGCAGGCACCGACAUCCCCACCUUGCUGGACCUCAAGGUCUUCCGGAAGUACAGCGAGUCCGUGAGCGCCUACUCCUUCAUCCACAUGUGCCUGCAGGAGUUCUGUGCCGCCAUGUUCUACCUGCUGGACAGCCCCAGCGGCCACCCCAGCCCGGCCGUGGGGUGCACAGAGGCACUGCUGCUCACCUUCUUGAAGAAGGAGAAAUCAAGCUGGGUGUUUGUGGGGUCCUUCCUGAUGGGCCUUCUGCGUGAAAGUGAGCAGCAGAAGCUGGACGCACUGUUUGGGAGCCAGAGGUCCCGGGCAGUGGAGCCGCAGCUCCGCCGCUAUCUGAAGAGCCUGACUGAGCAGGAGGAUUUUCUCCAGCAGAUGGAGUUCCCGCAGCUGUUCUACAGUCUGUUCGAGAUGCAGAGUGACGCCUUUGCCAGCCAGGUGAUGCGCGGCCUCCGCGGGGUCCACCUGCCCAUCCGAGAGAACGCUGACCUAGCGGUUUCCGCCUACUGCUUAAAAUACUGCUCCAACUUGAGAGAGAUUUGUUUCCAGGUCUCCAACGUCUUCGAGGAAGAGAGAGGACUCGAACCCACGUCGUGCCACGCCAGCCUCUGGUGGCACCAGAUCUGCUCUGUGCUCACCACAAACGAGCACCUCCGCUUGGUCCGGGUGUCGGACACCGUCCUCAGCAGGUGCGCGCUCAUGUCCUUGUGUUACGAGCUGCGGCAGCCCAGAUGUCCCCUGCAGACGCUCGAGACCAGUAACCUCUGUGUGAGUGGCGAAAUUCGGAUUUUGUUUGAGGUGCUCACCAGUAACCCAAACCUGAAGAACCUGACCCUCGCCUACACCAGCCUCUCCCACAAGGACGAGCUGGUUCUCUGCAGCACCCUGACCCACCCAGUGUGUCACCUAGAAGAGCUGCUGCUGAAGAACUCCGGCUUCUCAUCGGAAGGCUGCCGGGUCUUGUCCUUCGUGCUGCUGAGAAAUAAUAAGCUGAAGGUCCUGGACCUAUCGGGAAAUGAGCUGGAGGAGGGCAUCCCUGCACUCUGUGAGGCCUUGGGCCACCCGGACUGCACCCUGCAGCACUUGGUGUUGGCUAACUGCCUGCUCACGGAGCACUGUGUGCAGCACUUCUCUGAGGCUCUUCUGAGGAACACACACCUGAGCCUCCUGGACCUCAGCGGCAACGCCCUAAAGGACGAGGGACUGGCUGUGCUCUGCGGGGCCCUGCGACAGCCCACCUGCAGCCUGCAGUCACUGCGCCUGCGCAGCUGCUCCAUCACGCCCAGGGGCUGUCCAGACCUGGCCUCCGUUCUCACCAGCAACCCGAAUCUAAGAAGCCUGGAGCUCGGGGGCAACCACAUAGGAGAUGCCGGCGCGGCGCUGCUGAGCAGAGCUCUGCGAAACCCCCAGUGCUGCCUGAGCAACCUCAGCCUGGACUCGUGCCAGUUGACUGGAGCCUGCUGUCAGCACGUGGCUUCAGCCAUCGCCUGCAGCAAGACCCUGCACGUGCUGGACAUUAGAGGCAACGUCCUCGGCCCCAAUGGCAUGCUGCUGCUGUGCGAAGCCGGGAGGCACCCCGGGAGCUCCCUCCGGAAGCUCAGAAUGAGCGGCGACUCUCCGUGGACGUCUGUGGUGAACAAGAACGGUUCUUCCGGCAUGGUCUCCAUCUUCGUGGGGGACUGACGCAGCAGCAGCAGGGACGAGGCCGCGCUCUUCCUCGACUCCUGGGGACGCCCGCGGGGACGAAGGGCCUGGCGCACUGCACGCCUUGCGGGGCUCUGGGGGCUGCCUCUUCUCCCCCUUGAUGUGUUCUGCAGGGUGUGGUUUUUAAUGGUUCUGUGGCCUUGGAGAAGCUGCUGACAGACCCUCUCCCUCAACUUUAAAAUGUCACUGGAAACAGGGUAAA